GUUGGACUCGACGCCAAACACCCGAUGUUAGUGAGCGGGUCGCACCUUUCACGCUCGUCCUGUCGAUCUGCAUUUCUCAGGGCUUUCUCAAAUGCAGCGACUCCUUCACCUAUACGCAGCCUCUCGCGUAUCGCCCAUGGCGUGGCUUUAAAUCGCUUGUACCACUUGCCUUGCCUUGACAUUAGGGCACGCGUGUGUUUGCGCACUUUCAGUUCCUGCAAUGCAAGGUGGAACUCUCCGGGUAACACGAAGGCGGAAAAGCCCCCAGAAUCCGCUCAGAGCACCCAGGCGACGACAGCCAAGACCUCUCCCCGGGAGCAACGGAGGAAAGACUGGAUGGUCGUCCAGAAAUUGAUGGAGAACGUUUGGCCCAAGAAUGAUUGGAGCACUCGGGGGAGAGUGAUCCUCGGUUUCGCCUUGCUCAUUUCUGCUAAGGUGUUGAACGUACAAGUUCCGCAACUGUUUAAGCACAUCAUUGAUGUCCUCAACAUCGACGCGGGAACCCAAAGUACUGUCUGGGUUGUGGCCGGCUCGCUCAUACUUGGAUAUGGGGCUGCACGCGUCGGAGCAACGUUGUUUGGGGAGCUCUUGAGCGCCGUAUUCGCUAAUAUUGGCCAGCGCGCUAUCCGCAAGGUCGCUCGGGAAACGUUCGAACACUUGUUAAAUCUAGAUCUCAAGUUCCAUUUGUCUCGUCAAACUGGCGGACUGACGCGCGCCAUCGAUCGUGGAACAAAGGGAAUUUCUUUCAUGCUACAAGCCAUCCUAUUUCGGAUUGUUCCAACUGCCUUCGAAAUAUCUAUGGUUUGCGGCAUCCUGAGCUACAAGUUUGGCUGGGACUUUGCUGCGAUCACCUUGACAACAUUGGCCGCUUACACCUGGUUCACUGUGCGGACAACUUCGUGGAGGACCCAGUUUCGACGUGAUGCAAAUAAGGCGGACAACAAGGCCGCAGCCGUUGGCAUCGAUUCCUUGAUAAACUAUGAAGCUGUCAAAGUAAGCCCGUUGGAGCGGUCUGAUCAAUUCUUUAGUUUACCCGACUCUCUGAAGCACUUUAAUAAUGAGAAGUAUGAGGUUACUCAGUAUGACAAAUACCUCAAGCAAUACGAAAACUCCUCAGUCAAGAUCACCACGUCAUUAGCGUAUCUAAAUUCCGGGCAGAACAUCAUAUUCUCGACCGCACUCACCACCACGAUGUUCCUAGCAGCCCAGGGGGUAUUGAAUGGUACUAUGACAGUUGGUGACCUUGUGAUGGCGAACCAACUCAUUUUCCAAUUAUCGCUGCCCCUCAACUUCCUUGGUUCUAUCUACCGGGAAAUACGUCAAAAUUUGUUGGACAUGGAAGCGUUGUUCAAUCUACAAACGGAGAAUGUGCCCGUCAAGGAUAAACCCGGAGCUCGACCACUGGCUUUGAAAGGUGGUUCAAUCCGAUUCGAGAAUGUCACGUUUGGUUACCAUCCUGAUCGCCCAAUCUUUCGCAACCUUUCCUUCACUGUACCUGCUGGCAGGAAAGUGGCCAUCGUCGGUCCUUCUGGUAGUGGAAAGUCGACUGUUUUCCGAGUUCUCUUCCGGUUCUACGAUCCCUGGUCAGGGCGAAUUUUGAUCGACGGUCAAGACAUCCAAGAUAUCCAAUCAGAGAGCUUAAGGCGGUCUGUAGGCGUCGUUCCACAGGACACGCCACUUUUCCAUUCGGACAUCAUGCACAAUAUCCGAUACGGUCGUCUUGAUGCAACAGACGAGGAAGUGAAGGCAGCAGCCAUGAAAGCGAGUGUGCAUAGUACUAUAAUGAGCCUGCCAGAUGGAUACAAGACAACCGUUGGUGAACGCGGACUCAUGAUAUCAGGAGGGGAAAAGCAACGACUGGCUAUUGCCAGAGUGUUGCUUAAGAAUCCUCCAAUCUUGUUCUUUGAUGAAGCUACUUCUGCCCUCGAUGCCCAAACCGAGUCAGAGAUCAUGCGCAGUAUCAAUAACAUCCUGCUGGAUAGUGCUCGGACGAGUAUAUUCAUCGCGCAUAGGCUGCGUACCAUCGUAGAAGCUGAUCUUAUCAUUGUCUUGAAAGACGGUCAAGUUGUGGAGCAGGGCACACACGAAGAACUGUUGCGUUCUGGUGGCCUGUAUCACGAUAUGUGGUUACAGCAAGCCUUAGACAGUUCCCCAGAGGCUACGAACCCGUCGCAGCCAUGAGUAUCUUGUUUACUGAGAUAAAAUGAGUAGACUAUUUGAUUUCAAGUAAAGUGAGUUUACGACCCAUGCAUCCGGUGACCUCGGUGAAUUUCCGAUUGUUCACCAUGGUACUCUCAAUCCAAUCGCCCACGUAACCAGCUCAACAAUCCCUUCGUCCCUUCACGCUCCCACACUUUCCUUUGCGGAAUCCUGAAACUGUUGUAAAGUGUUGAGAUAGGUU